GUCUUUCAUACAACAGUAGCAGACAGAACUUCUUGACUGAAACAACCAUCACAUUAUGAUGACCAAAUUUAUUUUUCUAGCUGGUUUUUCCCUGGCAUUGUGUCACUUCGGAUGGUCCUCCGAACUGAUAUGCUACUUCACAAACUGGUCUCAGUACAGACCUGGUGUUGGCAAGUACAUGCCAGAAAAUGUAGAUCCACAUCUGUGCACUCAUUUAAUUUAUGCUUUUUCCGCCAUUAAUCCGGUAAAUGAGUUGAUCACUUCUGAAUCUAAUGAUGAAACUCUCUACAAAUCUUUCAAUGGACUAAAGGAAAAAAAUCCCAGCUUGAAAACUCUCUUGGCUGUCGGAGGAUGGACCUUUGGCUCAGAACAAUUUAGUAUCAUGGUGUCCUCACCAGCAAACAGGACUACGUUUAUUCAGUCCUCCAUCACAUUUCUGAGGAAACAUGGCUUUGAUGGUCUGGAUCUGGACUGGGAGUAUCCAGGUUCCCGUGGAAGUCCUCCAGAAGACAAGCAGAGGUUCACUCUGCUCUGUAAGGAGCUCUUGGAAGCUUAUGAGGCAGAUAGUGCUGCCACUGGACGUCCCAGACUCAUGCUCACUGCUGCAGUGGCUGCUUUUAAAGGAACUAUUGAUGAAGCUUAUGAAAUUUCAGAAAUUGCCAAGUAUUUGGACUUCAUUAAUGUGAUGACCUAUGACUUCUACGGUUCAUUUGAAAAUUUCACCAGGCACAACAGUCCUCUGUAUGAUGGCUCUGGAUACCCAGGAGGCAACAUCUACUAUAACACUGUAAGACGGCCAUAUAUCCUACUGUAUUCUUAACUUCAUGCGUAACAUUUAAAUGAUUGUGAAUGAGACCGUGAGUCAUUCCAAAUAACAAGAAGCUGGAAACAUGCAACAGGAAAUUCAUGAGUUCACCCUUAAAUCUAAUCUGAUAGCAAAUAGUAAGCAUAUUAUGGCAUGCUGACCUAGGGGAGGGGUCCGGGCCCGGAACAUAGCCCGAACCCAAAGAACUCCCCUACCCCUAAUUUGGGAUAAAAAAUAUAUUAGAAGUGAGGAGUUGGGGUGGAGGAGGGAUGGCGAAAAACUGUUGUAGGACAGAGGUAGGUAGGCUGCAUAUAUAUAUACUCUUAGUGUGCUAUUGGUGUGGCCGGAGCUGAAGAGGGAACACUUGGGAUACAGAACGAGCUGCAUGGAUAACUUUUAUGACAUUUGAUUCCUUUUUGUACAAAUUUUGAAGAAGUUAACAAUUCAUAAAAUAUACAAUUGCAAGCAGUUUUGUAAAUUACGUCUUCACUUGUUAUCCCAAAAAUGUUGGUAUAGCAUAAUAGAGAGAGAGAGAGAGAGAGAGAGAGAGAGAGAGAUUUGGCCCCCAAAUCACUAAGUCCGAUCCUGCAUGUAGGCCAACUGGAACUGGGAGCAGAAGACUUAUGUUCUUGAUUCACUGAACUUAGUCAUAGAGGUUUAAAGGGGUCAUGUGACAUUGCUAACGUGUCGAUUUUUACAAAGCUCAUCGUUCUGAACAGCGAGGUGACUUAUGCUGUGUUUUUAUGCAUUGUGUAUCGGACUGUGUAAACAUAUAACUAUGUCUGCAUUUGUGAUCAGAAAAAAAUGAUGAACAACAAGCGCUAUUCUACACUGCUUAAAACUUGUGUUGAAUCAUCAGUGGCAAAUUCUUAAAUAUAAAAAGGAGCUGCGGCUCUGCUGCACCGGAAGGGAGACUGUCUCUUGCGGCUGAGUAUGAGGCAUGGUUUGAUGCAUCUGAUGGAGAGCUCUCACUGCGAACGAAGGGAGCCGUGGGUCUGCUGCACCAGAAGGGAGAGCCCCGUCAGAUGCUGAAUAGGCAAGGAGAUACGAGACACGGUUUGACUCAUCGGAUGGAGGGCUCCUAUUGCAACCGAAGAGAGCCAGUGGCUUUACUCCACCAGGAGGGAGAUCCCUGACCGCCAUUGAGCAUGCAACAUAUCUCAGACAGGGGGUUCACCCUGCGCCAUAAGGGUGCCGUGGGUCUGCUGCACCGGAAGGGGAGCCCUUGUCCGGUUUUAUGAAGAAUAAGCAAUGAAACAUGACUGAUGGAGGGACUCUUGCUGCAUCUGAAGGGAGCUGCAGCACUGCUGCACAGGAAGGGAGAGUCCCCCUUGCGACUGGAUAUGAGGCUUGUUUUGACGCAACUCAACAACAGACAGAAGGCUCACACUGGGACCAAAGGGAGCAACGGCCCUGUUGCACCAAAAGGGAGAGCCCUGUCCAAUGCUGAAUAGACGAGGAUGUUUGUAACGAUGGCUGGAAGGCCCUUACUUUGCCCAAAGGAGUGGUGACUUACUGCAUAAUCGAGUGAAUAAAAUGAAUUAAAAACA